UGAGCCAAACACUUCCGGAGGUGCGGGGACUACUCCGCCGGAGGAAGCAGCGCGGGCUCCACCGGCGUCGCCCGCCGCCUCCGCCGCGUUCCAAUCUGACCCCUCUGGCCCGGCUUGACCUACUCUGGCCCGCCCGGGCUCAGCGGCCGCUGGGCCGCGACUCCCGAUGGAAAUCAUAUGACAUAGAAUAUUUGGGUGACAUCUGGCUGAAAGAUCUUCAGGAAGUACAGAAGACAAAAAUACUAAUGCAUUUGAGAAAGCGGUAAAGUUUGGGGGGAGGGGGAAAAAGCAACUGCUUUCCUGAUCUGCAACUUGGCUGGAUGCUAAGAUGUCCGUGGACAUGAAUAGCCAGGGGUCUGACAGCAAUGAAGAGGACUAUGACCCAAAUUGUGAGGAAGAGGAGGAGGAAGAGGACGAGGACCCUGGGGACAUAGAGGACUAUUAUGUGGGAGUAGCCAGCGAUGUGGAGCAGCAAGGGGCGGAUGCCUUUGAUCCCGAGGAGUACCAGUUCACCUGCUUGACUUACAAGGAGUCCGAGAGUGCCCUCAACGAGCACAUGACCAGCUUAGCCUCUGUCCUAAAGGUAUCUCAUUCAGUUGCUAAACUUAUAUUAGUUAAUUUCCACUGGCAAGUCUCAGAGAUAUUGGACAGAUACAAGUCCAAUUCUGCCCAACUGCUAGUUGAGGCUCGAGUUCAGCCUAAUCCAUCAAAACAUGUGAGUUCCCACACCCAUCCUUCUCACCACUGCGCAGUGUGUAUGCAGUUUGUGCGGAAGGAAAACCUACUCUCUCUGGCCUGUCAGCACCAGUUUUGCCGCAGCUGCUAGCAGCAUUGCUCAGUACUUGUCAAGGAUGGCGUGGUGUGGGGAGUCUCUUGUAUGGCUCAGGACUGUCCACUCCGUACACCAGAGGACUUUGUGUUUCCGUUGCUUCCCAACGAAGAAUUGAGAGACAAAUACAGGCGCUACCUCUUCAGGGACUAUGUGGAGAGUCAUUACCAGCUCCAGCUGUGCCCUGGCGCAGACUGCCCCAUGGUUAUUCGGGUACAGGAGCCUAGAGCUCGCCGAGUGCAGUGCAAUCGGUGCAACGAGGUCUUCUGUUUCAAGUGUCGUCAGAUGUAUCACGCCCCCACAGACUGCGCCACAAUCCGGAAAUGGCUCACGAAGUGUGCAGAUGACUCUGAAACGGCCAACUACAUUAGUGCUCACACUAAAGAUUGUCCCAAGUGCAACAUCUGCAUUGAGAAGAAUGGAGGCUGCAAUCACAUGCAAUGCUCUAAAUGUAAACACGACUUCUGCUGGAUGUGUCUAGGAGAUUGGAAGACUCAUGGCAGCGAGUACUACGAGUGCAGCCGUUACAAGGAGAAUCCUGACAUUGUCAACCAGAGCCAGCAAGCUCAGGCCAGGGAAGCCCUCAAGAAGUACUUAUUCUACUUUGAGAGGUGGGAAAACCACAACAAAAGCUUGCAGCUAGAGGCACAGACAUACCAGCGGAUUCAUGAGAAGAUUCAGGAGAGGGUUAUGAACAAUCUGGGGACAUGGAUCGACUGGCAAUACCUACAGAAUGCUGCCAAGCUCUUGGCCAAGUGUCGAUACACCUUGCAAUACACCUACCCAUAUGCAUACUACAUGGAGUCUGGACCCAGGAAGAAAUUGUUUGAAUACCAGCAGGCUCAGCUGGAGGCUGAGAUCGAAAACCUCUCAUGGAAAGUGGAACGUGCAGACAGCUAUGACAGAGGGGACUUGGAGAACCAAAUGCACAUAGCGGAGCAGCGGAGGAGAACCCUACUGAAGGAUUUCCAUGACACCUAACUGGGACAUGGAUGUGCUGGGGUGAGGAAGAUGUGGCUGCAAGGUCUCCCAGCUGCCAUACUGCAUGCUGCAGGCUCUGCCUUUCAUGACCCCAGUCAACAGUCAGGGCCCCACUCCUGAGAGACACUGGCAACACCUCUUAGUCAAUUUCUGUUUUCUUCUCAUCUUUUCACUUUUUGUUUCUACCAGGGUAGAGGCCAUGUUGAAUUGACCUCUUUUCAGGACUUUUAAUUUCCCCCUGGAUGGUUAUCGGGAGGGAGGGAGAGUUUUUUCUGAAUGGCUAUUAAUAGUAUUAGAUCAUUACAACUUAUGUAAUUUUCAAAGGUUGUACAAUUAUACAAGAAAAGGCAAAACAUAGGAUAACACAGAGCCCUUUUUAAAAAUAAAUUGGCAUUGGAGUGUUUUACCCUGUAGCUAUUUUACUUAGAAUGUGACAUAUGCUGCCCACCUACCCUGCCUCGCAAUGUCUGUGCUUCAAGAGGGUCCUAGAGUGUUCUCUGCUGUCCAGAUUCACAUGUGUUUGGCCAGAGCUGGAGUCCCAAGGGAAGAGCGUGGGUGGCAGAUGGAGAAGAAGUUGGCCUGUGCAGUGGGCAUAUCGAGUGCAGGGAGUCACAUCAUGCCUCCUGCCUUACCUUGGAAGUAAGAAGAUAGUACAGAACAGGGUCGUCUUGCCACCAGUGUCAUCUCUGGUGGUGCUGUGUGUUUUUGGGCUCAUCUUUAUUCUUGAAAGUGAGAUUUACCUGAGUCUGGCUACUGAGGCCAGACAGAGCCUAUAGCAUACACAGGUGGGCUGUGACCCCACAGACUAGGGGAUGCAGGUUGAGCAUAGUCUCUCCUUUUGUCUCAUAAACACAAAGAUCUACUUUCAAAGGGAAUUGUCCCCCCAAAUAAAUUUGCUUUACCUUCAUCCCUUUUUUGUGCCAGUAUUCAAGUGGUGUAACUGGCCAGGGUCACAUGCAGCUGUACCUGAGGGUGUCUUGCUGUACUCCCAUGUGGUGAACAUCAGGAGCAGAGUUCAGCAUGGCCUCCCUGGCUCGGGGGCCAGGUUUUCAUGUUACUUGUAACAUGUCCAGUGGCUGCCCUGGGGCUGGGGUGUGUUCCCCCUUGCCUGGUCCCAGCUGUCAAAGGAGACCACCUCUAGGGUCUGGGAGUCUAAGCCCAGGAGAGUCCUUGGUUUGUGUUCCUAACUCUUGUAUCCUGUACUAGGAGGAGCUGGCCAGAGGAAAGAACCAGCUUUUGCACAGUCAAGUGCAAGGGAGCAGGUGCUUUGCCUGGUGUCCUACCUGUCCUGAACCUGGUCCUGUGGGCCUUUGAAAAGUUAGAUCUGUGAUCUCUGGGGUUUCUGUGGCUUUGUUCAGUGCCUACACUGUAGGCAGACCGAGCUGUCUAUACCCUCCCAGGCCUCCUUGAUCUCCUGGGAGAGCUGAUAGGGAGAUCUGUGAAUAUUGUGGUGGACAUUCUUUAGUAUUUCAUACAUUUCACCUCCAGUCAGCAAUGUCCCAGGUACCAUGUAAGCGGUAAAACUGAGUCAUUUUUGACAGAGGACAGAUGUGACUCUUGAGGUCAUGCUGUAAACGGCUGGUUGUGGGUUCCCUCUCCCUUUCUACCCCUAGGGUUUUGUCUCUUCCUGUAGCCCCCAGCAAAGCAGAGACGGUGGGAUGGAUCGGGGAACAAAUAUGGAGUGUAGCAAAUGCACCCAGAAUGGCACAGUGGGAGCUAAUAGUGAAUGAGGAGAGCACCUGCUGCAGGAUGCAGGGCAGGGUGUGAAUGCUGUGUUGGCACACACAGUAUCCUGGCAUCUGAGCCUUCAUCUCUCCAUCGAGUCUUUUCUGUGGCAGCGUUGUGGCACAGGAUCUGAGUUUUAGCUAUGCAUGCUAAUCACGCCCUGGGCAUUUUUUGGACUGCAUAGUUGCCAGGUUCUGCAGUUGUGGCCCUGCCCAGCCUAUAGCCUGUAGCUCUUGAUCUGUGGAGAGCUUCCUUUUAUGCCCCCAGUGGCCAUCCUUUUGUUAACAUUAUCAGGAAGGUGGAAAAGGUCAGGCAGAAUUUUUCUUCCCUGCAAAGGAUAGAAGAGAAAAGAAGACACAGUAUUUUCAUGAAUUCACCAUAUCUCUUUGUUUUUCUUCAAAGAAAAAGUUAAUUGAGCCAAUGUCAUCUGCUCAAAGUUGAGUGGUUUAUUCAAAAUAAACUAAGUUUCUGAUUAUA